GCUUGAACUUUGAAUCUCAAAGCGAGGGCAUCCAUCUCCGCUUUUUUCUACCACAGAUCUCCGAUGACUUGGCUGGCAUUUCGUUUUUUUGUCGGCGUCUGAUUAAAGGCAAGGAUUUUCCUUUUUCUCCCUCUGUUUUCUUUUUUUUCGUUUGGCGGGGUUUCUUUCCCUUUCUUCUGGUGUGGGAGUGCUGAGGGGGCGUGAGAAUGGCAGAUGCAGCCAUAGUUGACACUGAUGUUAAAGUUACUAAGGAAGACCAACAACCAAACAGUCAUGCUCGCUCCAGAAAUAUCCGGAAGAGGAAAAGGCCCACAUUAUCACUGGUAAAUUUGAGCGCCAAAGAGAAAGAAGCCCACAUCGAGGCUCUUCAGAAGGAACUUGACGGACUUUUUGAAUACUACAAGGAGGUCAAGGAUCGAAAAGUGGACGUCGAGCUGAGCGAGUGUGCUUCGAGAAAUGCGGUAAUCGCGGUCUUGAUGGAAGAGAGCGAGCUUCCCUUAACGAGGCUUGUUGAUCAAAUUUACAGCAAGUUAAAGAAGGCAGAAAGCAGGCUUGCCUUCGAGCCGGUGACAUAUGCGUCGGUAAAAAGUAGUGUGCUUUUCGUGGGGCAGAGGCUGAUGUAUGGUGUGCCCAAUGCUGAUGCUGAUGUACUGGAGGACGAUUCUGAAUCAUGUUUUUGGUGUUGGGAGACAAGGGAUGUGAAAUUGAUACCAAUUUCUGUUCGGAAACAUUUCACUGUUCGUAGAACUUGCCGCAGGAAGAUCCAUGAGAGAAUUAUGGCUAUUUCUGAAAUGAUAGCCAUACUGACGAAGUCAGAGAGUGAACAGAUGUACAAACAGAGCUUAGUAAAGGCAUCAGAGAAGCUUGAUAAAGCCUUUACUGAGCCAGACAUCCGAUUGUUCGUGGAUGGCUUACUGCAGAAGAACAGUGUUGACAUGGCUAGGAGGGAAGCAAGGAGAGAAGAGAAAUUGCUACUUAAACAGUUGGAGAGAAAUAGAAGAGGGAUUGAAAAUGAGGGCAAUUAUGUUGUCAGUGAAAUGCAAAGGGAAAUGUUGCCCAGUGAAAAUGUUCCACAAAGAGAGGCAAGAAAAGAUGAAAGAUGUGAAAAUGAUGGGUUUGAAAAGAGAAAACAGCACAGAAAGCAGCUAGAAGACAGUGACAAGGAUCAACGGCGUCAGCAGAAAGAAGAAGCUGAAUUGAAAAAGAAGCGUUCAUUACAAAAGCAAGCUUCUAUAAUGGAGCGUUUUCUUAAAAGAAGCAAAACCAGCCCCUCAUGCAAGAAUGACUCGUUCUCAGCUAAAGCAAACACAUCUAAUGGAGAGAGUGGAAUUUUAUCUGGGUCUGUUACACAAUCAAUGGAUCACAGUCUUACAUCAAGUAGUGAGUUUAGUAUUGAGGAUCUUCGCAAGUUCCACUUUUCGUCAUGGCAUAGUUUAGGUCAGUCAAUUCGCUCAAACAGAAAAUUUGGCUGGGGCUUACGUCAAAAACCGAAGAUUGAACUUUUUAAGGAGCUUAAGCUGACAGCUACUAGAGUAGUAUCUCAUCAUGAAGAGCCGGGUGUGGAUAAGCAGGUAGAUGGAUUGGGAGGAAAUAAUUCUGACAUCCUAUCAUGCAUGAUGAAUCCAGAUGAUUCCCUUCUGGAAAUCAAGAAGUGUUGUCAUGGAAAACAGUUGCUACAGUUUGAUAAUAGCCAUAAACCUGCCUUUUAUGGUAUGUGGCCCAAGAAAAGUCAUGUUGUUGGGCCACGCCAUCCCUUUAGGAAGGACCCAAACCUGGAUUAUGAUAUCAGCAGUGAUGAGGAAUGGGAAGAGGAGGAUCCUGGUGAAAGUCUUUCAGAUUGUGAUAAAGAUGAAGAGGACAGUUUAGAGGAAUGUUCAAAAUCUGAUGAUGAAAGUGAAGAUGGAUUUUUUGUGCCUGAUGGAUAUCUCUCUGAAGAUGAGGGUGCACAUUUGGAUAGAUCAGAAACUGAUAUUGACAUUGACAUUGAGGGUGCUGGGAGCUCAACUGGAUGUAAAGAUAUAGAAACUGAGUUCUGUACAGUUCUUCGACAGCAGAAAUAUCUGAACAAUUUGACAGAGCAUGCUCUUCGAAAAAAUCAGCCCUUGAUAAUAACAAAUUUGAUGCAUGAUAAGGACUGUAUGUUAUUGAGUCACAAUCUUAGUGGUAACCCUAAGCCAGAGCUUAUGUGCCUGCAAGCCUUGAGUAUGCGCCUAAUACCUGGUGGCUCAUGUAUACAAAUAUGUGUGGAUAAAAUACAAGAUGAGGACCAAGAAGCCUGCCUCUCUACUGGUAAAAUUGCUGCUACAAACUAUUUUGCGGAAGAAAUUUCAGAGUCAGACCUACUUAUUAUUGUUACUGCGAUUCAGACUUGUUCUGAGGACAUAAAUAAGGUCUUAGAGUCUUUGCAACACAAGUUCCCUGCUGUCUCAAAGUCUUUCCUAAGAAAUAAAUUGCGUGAAGUAUCGAAUUAUGUUGACAACCGUCUGCAGGUGAAGAAAGAAGUUUUGGUUAGGCUUGGCUUGGCACUUUACCCUGGUGGGUAUGCAGAAAAGAGCAACAGGGGAGCCAGGAGUAUCACCACCUUCUUCUCGAAAAGGUGUUUGCCUCCUUCUGGGGAUAGCGCGCACACCGGUGAAACUUCACCACUUUAGUCCCUGACAUCCGAAUGGGAUUUCCUUGUGAAUACUGUACGAUCUUUACCUUUGUGCAUGGACUUGGCGGAAACUUGAUAAAAACGAUAGCAUAGUUCAAGUUCUUUACUCCUGGACCCAUGGCAUGCGCUAAUCUAUGACUUGUUAUUCAAAGUUGUUAGGAAUCGAAGCCUGUGUAGCUUUCACUUAGGAGGUGUUUGGAGUAAAAAUGUUCUCAAAUUAAUUUAG